AUGGAUGAGAUCUGGGAGAGAGCGGUGGAAACAGCAUUGGACGGCCAAACCGACGUAGCUUCGGUUCGAACGUUAACCCUUGACGGUGCUGUGAAGUGCGUUCACGGCCGAUUACCUCCGCCGGCAAUUUUCGAGAAGUUUCAGAGCCUCCAGCACCUAUCUAUAGCGAACAUCGGCGUGUCGUCGCUGGAACCGUUCCCUCGGCUCCGAAACCUUCUGAGGCUGAUCCUGUCCGACAAUCGGAUCGCGGGUGGUCUCAAAUUCCUUGUUGAGGCAGGGCUUGAAUCUCUGCGGGACCUUGAUUUGUCGAACAAUCGGAUUUCGGAUAUUAAUGACUUGAGCCCCCUGGCGGAGCUGAGGUUGGUUUCGUUGGAUCUUUAUGAGUGCCCUGUGACACGGGUUAAAGACUAUCGAUCUCGAGUUUUCGGUUUGAUUAAGUCGUUGAAGUACUUGGAUAAGACCGAUGCGGAGGGAAACGAGAGGCCCGAGUCUGAUGAUGAGGAUGAGGAGGAGGACGACGAUGAAGAAGAAGAUGAUGAUCCUGGGAGCGGGGAAAUUGACGGCGGGGAGGAUCGGCCGUUGAGGUUAAACAAUGGGCAUCGAGCAGGUAGUGAAGGGGUUGUGGACGUUGAUGAGGAUGAGGAGAGUGAUGCAGAUGAGGAGGAAGCAGAGACUUCCAGAGGGGUAAAUGGGUUAAGCAGUGGUGGCAGUUCUCAUCAUCACUCCAAUGGGUUUCGGGUGGAGGCUGUGAAUGCAGAGGAUGAUGAAGAUGAUGAUGAUUCAGUUGAGGAGGUAUACGAGGAUGAGGGUGAUGAUGAUGACGAUGAAGAUGUUGUGGAGGUUCAUGAGAUAGACGAUAGUGAUGAUGAUGAUGGGGUGGAUGAUGAGGAGGAGGAUGGUGAUGAUGAUGAAGAAGAGGUGGAUAAUGAUGAGGGAGAUUUGGGGGAGCCUGCGAGUACACGGAAGUUCACUAGCACUGAAGGAGAGAUUGAUGGGCAUGAACAGGGGGAGGAUGAUGUGGAUGAGGAUGAUAAUGGUGAGACGGGGGAGGAAGACGAGGAGGGUGUUGAGGAGGAUGGAGACUUUGAGGAUGAUGAAGAAGCUGAAGAUGAGGAAGAUGAUUAUGGCACGGGAUAUCUUGUUCAACCAGUUGGGCAGGUAGAAGUAGAUGCUGGAGGUGGAGAUUUGGAUCCUGUAAAUGAAGGUGAAGAGCCUGAAUUAGAGGAAGACGUUGACGAAGAAGACGAAGAUGAAGAUGGCGAAGUCCAAGAACUGCCGCCCACUGCUUCUCACAAGAGGAAGAGAGAUGAGGACGAAGAUGACGACGACGACGAUGGCGACGACGACGACGUUGUUUAUCAUACCGUUGCUUUAUUCAUUUCAAAUGACAGUUGUGAGCGGGUUGAACUUGCUUCAUUUGCAUUGGAAUGGAACGGAGGGAAAUUGGCACAAAUGAUAAAAACCUCUCAUAUAUAA